GGCUCAAGCCUCGCGUUGGGAAACGCUCUGCAACGGGUGUCCGGAGCGGAAAGGGGCGAGUGAUUCCCAAUCCUCGGUUACGCUGCUUGCGUAGUAGGCUCUGAAGAAGAAAUCCUGGGCAGCGCUUUUCUCCACCCGCUGCCUCUGCGCCGUUGACGUAGUAUGCCCCAAGAUGGCGCCGCGGUCGUCGUCGUUGGCGGCGGUGGCCGAAACGCUGGCAGAAGCUGCGGUGCCAGUACUGGAAGAGCAGAGAGAGGGAACAAGGCGGCGGGUGGACGGCGGCAGCAUUUGUAGCGAGUAGCGGUGCAGAGGGGGCUUCCCCUCCCUCUCGGCCGUUGUGUGAGGAGGCAGAGACUUUCUGGGAUAGCGGGUCCCCCGCCCCCUUCAGGCAGGGAGACCCUAACCUACCCGCGUGCGGAGCCGACACCCUUUUCUCGGCUCAUCUCGCUGCUGCCUCCCUGGUGGGCCUUCCCACCCCUUUCCCCGAGCGGAGAUGAUGAAGCUCAAGUCCAACCAGACUCGAACCUACGACGGGGACGGAUACAAGAAACGGGCGGCUUGCCUCUGCUUCCGCAACGAGAGCGAGGAAGAGGUGCUGUUAGUUAGCAGUAGUCGUCAUCCUGACAGAUGGAUUGUCCCCGGAGGUGGAAUGGAGCCUGAAGAGGAGCCUAGCGUGGCUGCUGUGCGGGAAGUUUGUGAAGAGGCUGGAGUAAAAGGGACAUUAGGAAGACUAGUAGGAAUUUUUGAGAACCAAGACAGGAAACACAGAACAUAUGUUUACGUACUUAUUGUCACAGAAGUAUUGGAAGAUUGGGAGGAUUCUGUGAAUAUCGGAAGGAAAAGGGAAUGGUUUAAGAUAGAUGAUGCCAUAAAAGUUCUGCAGUAUCACAAACCUGUACAGGCUUCAUACUUUGAAACCUUAAGGCAAGGCUAUUUGGCUAAUAACGGCACUCCUGUUGUGACCACAUCAUUCUCAAAGGAGAGCACACUAUCUGACAUCAGAUGACUGAAGAUAAAUCUAUAAGAGAAGUUUGAAAAAUAGACUGAAACUUGGAUUUCCUUUCUUCCCCUCUUCUUGCCGCUUUCACAUGUGUCCUUUGGUAAACAAGACAUGUGCAGCAGCCUUUGGCAGAGCAGAUGUUUGAGUGUUGCAUUUUAGUGCAAAGUGGGUGGUUUGGGGUUUUUUGUUUUUUGCUUUUUCUUGGAUAUGUAUUUUGUAAUACACAUUUUGUGCAUGAAGUGCCCCUUCCCUAUUAACAAAAUUUUGACAAUGUGAACAGCAAGGCUAUUAGUUACAUCUAUGCCUUGCCUUCUAAAAUGUUCUUGUAUAUAUUGUUCCAGCCAUAGCCAAAUCUCUUAUCUUUUCAGUAAAGAAAGCUACAAAUGUGAGAUCAAUUCUUUAUGUCUUAGAUUUUGUACAGUAAGGUACUGUGGAGGUCUGUGUGGUGGCCACUUGCUCCACAUCUGCAUGUAACAUUUUUUAGAGGGAGAAAUUUAACACUGAUUUUGCAAGAUUUUUUUUUUAAAAAAAAAAACACAAGCUGCUUCUAUAAAAGAGGGCUUCAUAAUCUUGUUUGCCUUGUUCUUUAAAGAAAUUUCUUUAUGACAGUGCUAGUGGCUGGGCCAGUUUCAUUCCCUGCAUCCUAUUCCCUGACCCAAAUUUAAUACAAUGAGACUUGAAGGAGACUUGCAAAGCAUCCCUGGUGCUCAAUUCUUUCUACAGUUUCAACCAGUAUGUCAUGUAACAACGAAGCACAAAGAAUUGGUCACCAUUCAAAAGCAUAUAGCCUCAGAAGUUUAAUGAAUUCCAACUUCAGUAAAUAGGAAUCAGGGAUUCAAAAUGAGUUUUAAAAUGUGAACUGGAACAUCAAGCACUAAUGCUUUUUAAUAGUGUGAAAUGAUUUCUCUUCCUGUUGCAUACUGCUGGUGUCUUUUUUUUUGUCCAUAUGCCUUACAUCUUACUGAACUGGAUAUUGUAAUUUGUGCUAAAGCAUUGGAUUGUACUUUGAGUGUCACCUCAUGGUGGGACAGUCACUUUAUGUCCCUGAAAAGAAUUCCCAGGGAAAAAUUUCAAGUGUCCAGUCUCCUUUGUCUGUAAUAUUGUAUCACGGAGCACACUCAAAAUUGUAGAAUUAAUUUCUUAAGCAGCAAAGGUACAGCUAGUUCCCAAGUAGAAUUGUUUGUAUGGAGAUCUGUGUCAUUUAAUAGGAUAGUUAACCUGAUGCAUUGGCACACAUCACAUUUUUGUUUCUGUUGAUGUUUCAUACUGUCUUGAUUUGCCAACAGUGUUGUCUAGUUUUUGGAAAAGGCUGUGGGAGGGGGUGGGGGGGCAUUUGGGUAGAUUUGGGGAGGGGCAUUAGUUCAUCCCUGGCUUGAGACAGGACCUAGUUGCUAUAUUUGGUGACUACUUCUUUGUCACAGUAUAGCCAAGAUGUGAAAUUAAACCUGCAGUACUCCAAUUUAGUAGAUAAUUCCCUUUUCCCCUUAAAUGCUUAAAAAUGUAAAAAAUACCCUGAAAUAGUCAUACAGCCUGAUGAAAAGUAAAUUAGUAUACUUUCUUCAAUGGACAGUUGCUGAGUACCAAUAAUAUUUCUUAUUUCUUAAUUCCCUACUUUCUGUUAAUAGGAUAGCAUUCCUUAAUAUGGGAUCACUGAAGCCAAAAGCAAUACACAGAAAGUGCUGAAAGGCGCUGUUGAAAAAAAGUGGCUUAAACUUGAUCUAGAACAAAUGAAAAAUUAUGUGAUGCCACUUCACUCCAUCUUAACAAAUAAUAAAAUUUAGCUGAAUGAGCUUGACUAAUGUUUUGAAGCAUACAAUAAUAAUUUAUUUUACUAAGGAUAUGUGUGACACUUUCCAGGAUAGCAAACUGUUGCCUUUAUCUAAAGGUUUUGUGUCCCAUUGAACUGAUUAGGACACAAACAACUGUUUGAAAGAGAACUGAGACUCCUGACGGAGUGACUGCAGUUUUAAUAUCUAUAGCAUGCACACUUUUUUAAAACUCUAAAAUGUUUUUAUAGGGCUGUUAAACUGACACUUUAGGAUAGAAUAUUGUUAAUGAUAUUCUAAUAGUGAUUUCUUGUUUGUUUGGGUCAGGAAAAAUAAAUUGUGCCAAGAAAGUAGUUUAAUGUGGGAUGAAUUGAUGCUGUUUAUACAACUGCACUGAGUUGCUGACGUUUGCCUUGUGAACUGGAAAUGGAAGAUGCGUCUCCUGGGGUAUAAACUGUCUGGAUUAUUGGUAAACUUCCUCCUGUUUACUAAAGGUCACUAUUUCACCUCCUUUUAAUGCACUAUAUCCAUGGCUUUCCUAGUAUCUCAGGGUACUUUGUAAUAAAUGAGCCAAGAAACUAGUAAUACAAUGAAAAUGCAUCAUAUCAACUCACUUUUUCACAACAUUUCUGAUUACACUGGAACUUCCUGCAUUGCCAGAAUAUGCAUCAAAUGUGCUAUAAGAGAAGAGAAUUUUCAUUCUAAGUAGGCAAGCUGGUCACCAUAUUGGAUUUUAAACAUCUUAAACUUUCAGAUAAUUUUGGGCUUUAUGCUGGACUUGCCCAUUAAAAUGUAGAUUGUUUUGGUCUUUACUUAUAAAACUCUUAACUUUACAUACUGAAAUCAAAAAUGCUGGCAGUGACAGUAAAAAUCAUGUGAUAAGCCAUUCUUUCCCUAUAAAAA